CGGUACAAUGACACCAGAACAAACCCUCGCAUUCCUGAUCACGGUUCAGGUCCUUGAUGUAAUCAUCUGUGCCACACGAUUCAUCCUUCUACGACAUCACCCACGGAAGACUCGCGACUUACUGGCGGACUUCUUCUUCGCAUCCGCAUUCGUCAUCAACUUUUCCUUACUAUGCUGCUUGAUGCUGCAAUCUCGCGACGAACUUCGUGCUAUCACCAAGUUCAACGGCGAUAUGACGAAGGUUGCAACGUUCAUGUACCGGCCUUAUUGGACGAAAAUCACAUAUAUCGUUGGAUUCUUCAAUAUUAUCGAGCUGUGGUGUUUGAAGGCGGCGUUCUUAAGCUUUUACUGGGGACUGUUCAAUCGGACUCAGACGAGGCUGCGAUACUUGCUUCACCUUUGCAUUGCGCUGGUCGCAGCAAGUGGGAUUGCGCUCCUUAUCUUGCAGUUGACUUGGUGUCUCCCGGUGGAGAAUAAUUGGGCACGAGAUUACCAGACAUAUGUCCAGUGCGCAUACCUGAGUAGUCGGUUCACUCUCAUAUUCCAAUCAGCACUCAAUAUCGGCACGGAUGUCAUGAUCUUUUGCCUACCACUCCUCGUCAUUUCCCGCCUCAUGCUGGAGCCCAACGUACGAUUUGCCUUGAUCGUAGCCUUCCUCCUCGGCGGAGUUUCGAUCGCCGCGUCCGGUGUUCGCCACGCAAUAAUCAACCACAUCCUUCGCGACCGAUCCUCCGCUCUCGAGAACUACUCCCGCCGAAAGACCGUCGAGAUGUGGGGCGUCAUCGAACUCUCCUCGGCACUACUGGCGUUCUGCCUCCCACUUUUCAGACGACACCUGGUAAGCGUGUUUGGGCCUGGUGGUGUGCUGAGUCGUCGCGGGGGGAACAGCGGGAGUUCGAAGCAAAAAGUCCAAGUACUUGCCGCCGCAACGGUCGGUGGAAGUGCUAUGAGUGAGGGACGGAAAGGUUCUAAGGGUAGGGCUGGAAUUGAGAUCGAGGAUGUCGAAUUGGCGUUCACCGACAAUGAAAACAGCGUGCUCGUCGUCGUUAGGGAUAAGGUCAGGUGCAUCGAGUCAGGAGCGGCUGAACAAGGAAAUUACGCAUCUAGAGCAGGAGACGCAUCGUCAUCGAGCGAAUUCUACUAUGGUCUAACCUACUGA